UAAUGACAAAUUAAAAUUGACGGCAAAGAAAUUGACAAGUGAAUAAAAACAGUUCAGUACGACAAAUUAAAGGAUAAACACAACAAAUAUUAAUUUUAAGUAUCACUUCAAUUGUGAUAAAGGCUUAAUGAAGCCUAUAAUAUAUACAUGUAGAAAAAAUUACUACAAUAGACACACAUCACAUCGCUUUGUUUUAAAAGUGGGGUUAUGGUGUGACUCAAGGUGAAUUUUAUAAAAAAAACAAGAUUUUGACGUCUGGUAUUAAAGUAGCCCGCCUUAUAUGGGUUGAAAAGGUUUUACCACAAGUUCCUGGAUCAGUGUGCAUUAAGAUUUCAUCAUGAGUGAUCGCGAGAAACCCAGUGGCUCUGAGUCACAAGAUGACAAAGAAAAGAAAAUUAUCAGAGUUCCUUCGCUACCAAUCUCAACUGGAUCAAGUAGUAGCCGCAGCUACUUUACAAACGAGCCACUUCAGUUCAGAGUAAAAGGCUCAACUAUCACAGGUGCCUCACCCCCCAAUUUCGUCACUCUGGAAGAUAUUAUGAAAGCAGCUCAUGGGAUGCAGAACAUGGCUUUAGCUCAUGAAAUUGCUGUUGAUCAGGACUUCAUGUUAGAGCCAUUUGAACCUCCAGAUAAUAGUUAUCAAAAGUUGGUAAAAGAAACUAUGCACAAAGCAUACUUUGAUAUUUUGCGUGAACAAUUAAACUCCGAUCCACCUGAACAUAAACAGGCCCUUGUGUUGCUUGAAGAUGUGAAGCAGGGUCUUUUCUCCAUUUUACUUCCUCGUCACACUCGUAUUAAGGAAAUGAUUGAAGAAGUAUUAGAUACGGAGUUUAUUAAACAACAAGCUGAUAACAACAGCCUUGACUUUCAAAAGUAUGCCACCUUUGUGAUAGACUUGAUGGCCAAACUUGCCGCUCCAGCCCGAGAUGAAAUGAUCCAAAAUAUAACUACAUUGACUAACACAGUGGACAUAUUCCGAGCAAUUCUUGAAACAUUGGAAGUGCUAAAGCUAGACCUAGCGAACACUCUAAUAGCAAUGAUACGACCACACGUGCAGCAGGAGAGUGUGCAGUACGAGAGGGCGAAAUUCGAUGAAAUGUUAAAACUGGCAGAAGAUGGCUUGCAAUAUACGAAAGAAUGGCUGCUGCGGCACACCGACAAGUCUGGUCUAAGUUUGCCAGUCACUGACCCCAAUAUUAUAAGAAACGUCACAGCACAAACAUUAGCAAAAGCUUAUCUAGAACUCCUGGAAUGGGACGAAUCUCAAAACUAUCCCGAGACGGUGACGCUCGACAAGCCUCGAUUCACAGAACUCGGUAUCCAAGUGUACCGACUCAUUUGUGUCGCGUCCUUAUUGCUAGUGAGCCCCUCGUGUGGUGGAGACUCACAAGAGCAACACAAACAAAGCCUUAAGGAAAAGCUCUUCAUCAUCCUCGACACGACCAGCAAUGACAUUGAACUGAAAGCCGUGCUCCCGUCAAUUGCCGAAGAAGUAAUUCUGGUAACCGAACAACUCCUUGAAAAUCUCGGUCAGGAUCCGUUAACGAGUGAUAUGAAAGAACUUAUCAGGACUCAGAUUCUAUCGCUCAGAGAUCCCGAACACCGAGUGAGACAGAUUGUUCAUCAAAGAGUCAUGGAAUUCUUGAAGGUGAUACUAGUAUGCGCGGGUGGCUCUCGCCAGAUACCCGUGGGCCUGUCCGCCUUCACCAAGGAACUGACUUCAGUCUCCGGUACUCUGCUUCGUUGCGUGAUGCACAAUAAAGCUGUGUUCACACAACAUUACCUCGAAAUUAUUGAGGAGGAGUUAAGUAAGACUUAGGAUUUUAAUCUGUUUCGAAAUGUCACUGUCAACGUCGAGUUGACAAAUAUUUUAUUGAAGAAAAUAAUCGAUUACAUUUUUAAAUAUUUAUUUUAUUUUCACUCUCUAAUCUCGUAGCACUAAUUAGUUAUUACUAAUAUUGUAUUGUGUGGUCAGUUAACACACCCAAUAACAACUAUUUCAAUCUAUUUAAAAAAAAAUGUGGCCGUCACGUGGCGACCGGUAAAUGUGAAAUAUCGAAAUUGAUGUCUAUUUACAAAAUUUAUAAUGAAAGAAAAGAGAUUCGAUACUAAAAAAAAUAUAUUUUUCUUAUU